GCCGGCGGCUUUGCCCUUUUCCAAGAUGGUGGGCCGGCGGUUCCUCAGGGCCGUCAGGUGGUGAGGGCUGAAAGGCGACGGCGACGGUUCCUCCUCAGUCCCGAGAAGAUGGCCGAGAGCGAGCGACAGCCGGAAGCCUCGGAGGAGACCCAGCCUCCUCCUCCGUCCCAAACGUUCAUGAUCCCCAGGAAGGAAAUCAACAUGGUUCCUGACAUGGCAAAAUGGAAGCGGUCUCAGGCGUAUGCUGACUACAUGGGCUUCAUUCUCACCUUGAACGAAGGAAUCAAGGGAAAGAAGUUGACCUGCGAAUAUAAAGUCUCGGAGCCCAUCGAAAAGCUAGUCACGCUCCUCAACACGUUGGAUCGGUGGAUCGAUGAGACGCCCCCCAUGGAUCAGCCUUCUCGCUUCGGGAACAAAGCUUUCCGGACGUGGUACGCAAAAGUGGACCAGGGGGCAGAGUCCUUGGUGGCAACUGUCAUCCCCAAACAGCAAGCUGACGCCGUGCCCGAGGUGGCUGUGUACUUGAAAGAGUCCGUUGGCAAUUCGACUCGCAUCGACUAUGGCACAGGCCACGAAGCGGCCUUCGCUGCCUUCCUUUGCUGCCUCUGCAAAACCGGCGUCCUCCGGCUGGACGAUCAGCUGGCCAUCGUCUUCAAAGUGUUCAACAGGUACUUGGAAGUGAUGCGGAAACUCCAGAAAACCUAUCGGAUGGAGCCAGCUGGCAGUCAAGGAGUCUGGGGUCUGGACGACUUUCAGUUCCUCCCCUUCAUUUGGGGAAGCUCUCAAUUGAUUGAUCACCCCAACCUGGAACCCCGGCACUUUGUGGAUGAGAGGGUGGUGAACGAGCACCGUAAGGACUACAUGUUCCUCGAAUGCAUCCGGUUCAUCACAGAGAUGAAGACGGGCCCCUUCCCUGAGCACUCCAACCAGCUGUGGAACAUCAGCGCCGUCCCUUCGUGGUCCAAAGUCAAUCAGGGGCUCAUCCGGAUGUAUAAAGCCGAGUGCCUGGAGAAGUUCCCCGUCAUUCAGCACUUCAAAUUCGGCAGCCUGCUUCCUAUCCAGCCUGUCACACCUUAAGGAGCUCUGUUGGUGAUGGGACCGGGGGGGGGGGGGGGGGGCGGGGAGAGGGGGGGGGGGGGGGGGGGGCUCCCUUUCCUAGUCACCCCAAAACCCCGCCGGCCUUGAUGCUCCUUCCUUUCGGCAGGAGCCUGGCAGGGCACAACUGUCCAAGAAGACCCUGGCAUUGGCACAAAAAAAGAAAGAAAGAAAGAAAAAAGGCAAGAGGUGGACUUCACUCGGGCCACACAAUGGUCCCCCUCUUCUGCACCCCUUUUUUCAUUUGCCCCAGGAUGGUUGGUGUCCUUAAAAUGGUGGUGGUAGGUGGGGGGUUUUGCUUCUCUGAGCUGUGCUGUAUAUUUUGCUGGGGAAAUACACAUGCUUUAAACUUAGAGUCAAGCUGGACGUGCUGGCAUUCUUCCCAAUCCUUCCCCUUCUUUGCCUUGAUCCCUUUGGACAGGGGUCUCCAAACCUGGCCACUUUUAGACUUCUGGACUUCAGCUUCUAGAAUUCCCCAGCCAGCUUUGAUUUCGGACCCUUCCCAUUCAAGAAAUAGGGGGUGUUAUUCCCCUCCCCACCCCAGAGAGAAAGCUUCCAUACCUGUGUUUCACAACCUCAGCAGCUUUAAGAUUUCAACUCCCAGAAUUCCCCAGCCAGCAUGUGCGGCCUCCACUUGGGGAAACCACAUUUGAAGGGUGCAGACAGACGGGGGGCAAGUUCAAAGAAAAGCAGCAAAAAGCAUUUGUCUCUUGCUAGCCUACAUCAAGAAAAGAUUAUAGGUUUAGAGUCCCAGAUUCUGCUCAGCACCUGGUGAAAUUGACUUGACAGGAAGAUGAAAUUGACUAACUCUUGCUCUUUGUAAGAUCUGGAAAUUGACGGGGGCUCAAUUUCAAUUCGGCAGGGGUUCUAGAUCUUGAGCAAUCUGCUUUUCCUUGAAUUUUGCUUCUUCCAAGUCAUGAUUUGCAAAAAUGUAACCUACAUCUAAAUAGGAGAAUGAUGAUUAGAAGGGAAGAAAAUGGACAAAACGGGAAAUAACUAAAAUGGAAACAUCUAUGCUGGCUGGGGAAUUCUGGGAGUUGAAAUCCCCACACCUUAAAAUGGCUGAGAUUGAGACACACUGUUUCGCCAACUAAAACCACAGGAUCUGCGUUCACGGAUCCUGAUCAGAUCAGGGGAAGACGGUUGCAUUCACACAAAAGCAUAAAGCACGCGGGCUAGGGAAUUCUGGGAGUUGAAGUCCACGCAUCUUUAAAAAAAUCACCAAGAUUGAGAAACACUGUUCCGGACUACGGCAGCCACUUUAUUUUGAAAGCGUGGGGUGUUUCUGAGCCCCUUCCCCAGUUUCCCAGCCUUCUUGCAAGCUGGAUAUUUAGCGAGGAGGGGAGAUUCACUCGUGGACCCCCAAGGAAACAUGGCAUCCGGUCCUUAAAAGAGAGUUGGAUCAGAAGGGCCUGCUAGGCAAGCUUGACGUGCCUCCUCUCCAAUCCACCUGGAGAAACUCAAGAGUAACUUCGUGCAUUGAGGGAUUGGCUAUUUUUUUUUUUCCAUGUGGACCAGAGAGUUCUAGAUCUCCAAAAAAAAAUAAGAAAAGGAAGGACGACAUGCUACACCCCACCACCAAUUUUAAUAUUGUCCAUCUCUUUCGGCCAAGGAGCCAAAGGCUUUAAAUUACACUUUGAAAAUAUUUUGGUGAAAAACAGCCCCCCAAAAAGAAAAACCCCAAAACACCCUCUGUGAAAGUAUUUCCGAUUUGUUUAUUUAUUUUUCUUUCCAGUCAAGUCUUAAAAACAAAACAAAAAAAAAAAUUUUUUUUUUUGCUUUAAUUUAUAUGCCGCCCUUCUCCAGAGACUCGGGGCGGCUUACAAUGCGUUAAGCAAUAGCCUUCAUCCUUUUGUAUAUUUAUACAAAGUCAGCUUAUUGCCUGCACAAACUGGGUCCUCAUUUUACCCAACUUUGAAAGGAUGGAAGGCUGAGUCAACCUUGAGCCUGGGGAGAUUUGAACUUGCAGUAAUUGCAGGCAGCAGAUGUUAAUUACAAUGCUUUAGUCCACUGUACUACAGGUUGAAGUUUAUGGGGAAUACAUUACCUGUACCUACCCCCCCCCACCCUCCAAGUGAUUUGAAAGUAAGGGGGGGAUCCCCAAUUUCUGCAUUUCUAAUUCAACUGGUUCUGUAGUUUUUUGUUUUUUUUUCUGGCUCCUUGCAAAAACUUGUCAAUCCUGUUUCUCCAAAUUGGGGGGGGGGGGAUUCCAAGAAACUGCUUUGAUGGUUUAUUCCAUUUUAAAGGGAACCCCCCCCCUUUUUUUUUUUACAAAAAUGUCCAGUCUGAGGCUGAGUUGAGAGGGGCAGGUGGUUGUGGGUAACUUCAGAGGGCGAUUCCUAGUAAGUAGUGGAUUCCACCUGCUUGCUGAUCUCUUUGUGGGAUCCUCGGUACUCUCUAGAUAACGUCAUCAGUGUGAAGAGAGGGGGGUUUGCAGAGAGGAGAAGAGGAGGAGGAAGACAGUGACAACUGUGGGGCCCUUGGUGCUCUCUCCAAGUGGUGGUUUUCUUGCAGAAGUUUCAUUGCCCAACUAGGUUAUAUCAUCAGUGCUAGAAGCAAACCCCACUCCUUCACAGCAUUGAUGAUGUAACCUAGUUGGGUGAUGAGACGCAAGAAAAAAAAAAAACCCAGCUCACAGAGCACCGAGGACCCCUCAUAUUAACCCUGAGCUACAAAUAUUCUCCUCUUACCGGCUGAUCUCUUUUCCUAGCUUUCCUGUAGCCUACUCUAGAGCAAGAGGUUCAGCCCUCUUGCAACUAUACUUGGAAUGGCCACAAACCCCAAUGCCUUUUGAAACUGUGAUCAAAGCAAGCGGCAGCUUCCCCGGGCAAGCUUGCAAAUGGGGAGGAGGGGGGGAUGUGUGGGAUUUUUGCAAACCCUGCAUGUGUGUACUCAGCCUCCCGGGGAGGAGACAUCCCCUCCCCUCCCCUCUCCUCCCUCCCCCUCAAAACGUCCAUCUUUGCCUGUUUCUGCUAAACACCCAAGGAGUGACGUCCUCAGUGCCGGGGAGAGCUGCACCUUCAAUUAAAUAGGAUUGGCCUCUUUCUCUGUGUGACAUAGCUUUUAUUAAUUCCAGGUAUCAUUCAGGGCCCACCUGCGCGUUCCUUCGGCUGGGUGGUCAGAGCUUUUCGAACCACCUCUUCUUAGAUUUUAUAGUGCAAUAGCCUAGCGCUUAAGGGGUCUCCAAACCUGGCAACUUUUAAGACUUCAGCUCCCAGAAUUCCCCAGCCAGCAUUUUCCUUAGACAUAUCAGCCCACAUGCCGGAAUUCUGGGAGUGGAUGGAAGUCCACAAGUCUUAAAGUCACCAAGUUUGGAGAGUCCUGGACCAGACAGAAUUUGAUGGAAAUUCUGUUGGACGUCCUAUAGCCUAUCUGAUCUGUAGCUCUGCACACGUGCCCUUGUCCAGAACGGUCAAUCGGGCAUUCCUGGACCCAUAAGCCUUCCCCCUGACCCUGGUCUCCAGUACUCUUGGUCUGUGGUUGGAAUUAAACCUGUUGAAUUUC